AUGGCUGGAGGAGGUAUCGUCUCAACCAGUCCUCCUGGAGCAAAGAACUAUGAAGGAAACCUCACAUUCAGGAUUUUCAUAACAUGUAUAAUAGCUGCAUUUGGAGGUCUAAUAUUUGGCUAUGAUCUUGGUAUAUCAGGUGGUGUGACUUCUAUGGAUCCUUUUCUAAAGAAAUUCUUCCCAAAAGUGUAUGAAAAGGAGAAUAAUCUGAAGCCCUCUGAUAACCAAUACUGCAAAUUUGACAGUCAGACAUUGACGUUGUUCACGUCGUCUUUGUAUUUGGCUGCACUUGUUGUGUCAGUUUUAGCCUCCACUGUCACUAGACUCUUCGGAAGGCGUAUCACCAUGAUCUCUGGGGGUUUGCUUUUUCUUGCGGGUGCUGCAUUGAAUGGUUUUGCUGAACAUGUUUGGAUGCUCAUUGUUGGUCGCAUUUUGCUUGGUUUUGGAAUUGGAUGUGCUAAUCAGUCUGUGCCAAUCUAUGUGUCCGAAGUAGCUCCUUACAAAUACAGAGGAGCUCUUAAUAUGAUGUUCCAAUUGGCAAUUACCAUUGGCAUCUUCGUGGCCAAUGUUCUCAACAACGUUUUUGCCAAAAUGGAGAAUGGAGAAGGGUGGCGUUACAGUUUAGGUUUUGCAGCAGUGCCUGCGAUCAUGAUCAUUAUUGGUGCAAUAUUUCUUCAAGAUUCACCCAGCUCUUUGAUUGAACGUGGUUUUGGUGAAAAGGCUAAGGAAGAACUUAUCAAGAUUCGAGGAACUACAGAUAUUGACCAAGAGUUUGAAGAUCUUGUAGCAGCAAGCGAAUCUUCAAAAGCAGUGAAACACCCUUGGGCCUCUUUAUUAAAGAGACAAUAUAGGCCUCAACUCACAUUUGCCUUGGCCAUUCCUUUCUUCCAACAACUUACUGGCAUGAAUGUGAUCGUGUUUUAUGCUCCUAUUUUGUUUAAAACCAUUGGUAUCAGAGCCAAAGACUAA